CGUAAUUCUCCAUUCCCAUUCCCAUUCCCAUUUUCUCGAAUUCUUCCUUGCCAUUGCCUUUAGAUCGAUUCUUCCACUAACAUAACAUCUAUCUGUUUGGUUGGAGCUCUGAAUCUCAUUUGGGGUUUUAUUUCGAUCGAUUCCUCUUUCGUCUUUCGAUUUUCUCGUUCUCGGCUUCUCCGACUCGACCGUUCUUGUUCGCGACAUCGUCGGAGAAUUUUAUCGGCUGUGUAUAAGCGUAUACAACUGCUUAGACAGGUGUAGAUUAGUCAACCAACUCGGAUUACUGGGAGGAGUGUUGCCGUACAAUCGCCCGACGAAAUCGGAAGCUCUUGUUUUAUCGCUAUUUUGUCGUUUUUCCUUCCGCUCAUCUGUUUUUCACGGUGCUCUUUGACUGGGUGGGGAAGAGAUGUUGGGUGCUGGAUUUCAGUUGACGAGGGGCCGUCGCGCCGAUGAUUCCGUCUACAGUUCGGCGAGAGCUCGCAGGUCCCAUCAGAACUCCCCAAGGGUCGAGCAGCUUCGAAGAGCUCAGAGCGACGUCUCUAAUGGCCGAUCAACUAACCCAAAGGAAAAUCCAACGGAUUUCCUGAACAUGGAGCGUGAGAACGGUUCCGGGUCGUUGAAACCCGUUUCGCACCUUGCUUCUGAGUCGGCGACCUCGCCCUCGAGUAAUCUGGAACGGUUUUUGGAGUCGGUCACGCCAAUGGUGCCGGCCCAGUAUCCGUCUAAGACUUCACUUGGCCAAAGGAGGACUUGUGAUGUUAAACUCCAGCCUUACUUUGUUCUUGGAGAUGUGUGGGAGUCAUUCGCUGAGUGGAGUGCCUACGGCACGGGAGUGCCUCUAAUUUUGAACAACAGGGAUCCAGUUGUCCAAUAUUAUGUGCCCUCAUUGUCCGGCAUUCAAAUAUAUGCCGAUCCUCAAGCAUUAAGUGCAUCUCUUAAAUCAAGCUGCAGGAGGCCAGGUGAGGAAAGUGAUAGUGAUUUCCGGGAUUCAAGUAGUGAUGGUAGCAGUGACAGUGAAUCAGAACAGGGAAUUUGUUACCAUAUGGAGCAGAUAUCUGUUAGAAUGGGCCGGAUCUCUUUGAGAGACCAGCAUCAGGAAGACUCAUCCAGCGAUGACGGUGAAUCUUUAAGUCAAGGUCGUAUGAUAUUUGAGUAUCUUGAGAGAGACCUUCCUUACAUCCGCGAACCCUUAGCUGACAAGAUAUCUGACCUUGCCUCUCAAUUCCCUGAGCUAAAGUCACUGAGGAGUUGUGACUUACUACCUUCAAGUUGGUUUUCUGUUGCAUGGUAUCCAAUUUACAGAAUACCCACAGGACCUACGCUUAAGGACUUGGACGCAUGUUUCUUGACGUAUCAUUCCCUCCACACACCAGUUGGAGGUUCUGGCAUCGCCCAAGCUUUAAAGCUAAGUGAUACCGAGAUUGAGAAGAUUCCAUUGCCUGUCUUUGGUCUUGCUUCUUACAAAUUCAGAGGUUCGCUAUGGACGCCCAGUGGCGGAUCUGAACAUCGGCUCGCCAACUCCCUCUUCCAAGCUGCGGAUGAAUGGCUGCGAUUGCAUCAAGUCAACCAGCCUGAUUUCAUGUUCUUCUGCCGCAGGUGAUAUUAAUGAUAAUACUAUGAUGUCGGCAAAUGACAGAAUCAAGGCGCCCCCCAACUAUUCUGAAAGUGAACCCCAAUGGAAUUUUUGGUGAGUAAUCCUGUGGACCAAUUGCCAAAAGUAGAAGAUUCAUUAAAAAAAAAAAAUUGGAAGGGUAUGUGAACAUGGGUGCCUAUUGAAUUGGUUGGGGGGCUCUCCAGACCUAAGAGUAAAGGUAUAAUAAGAGUGCAGGUUUCAGAUAUAACCGGGUUUUAUUGUUGACGCUGUGUCAUUGUAAAAUGAGUUGUUUUUGUGUUUUAGUCCAGAGUUUUCCGUUGUAAGUUAAAGGAGAAAAAAGAAACAGGCUCUUUUUUUUACUGCCCAGAAAAAAAAAACAUAUAUUUUGGGAUGGGGAGUUUUGCCUUGGAGUUUCUGUUAUGUUUUGGGUUCAA